UGAGUGUUCAGUGCUAGCUAAGCAUCCAGCAGAGCUGCGUAUCGUUCCUACCCCUUAUUCCCAGUCUGCUCCUUGAACCAGCAGCAUCUUUUCCAUCCCCAUUCAUUCAAGGAUCUGCUUUGACGAGUGUUAUCUCCGCCUUUUGGCUUUUGUGCACGCUGCAUUUAAGGACCAAAUCUUACUUGAAGAAGGAUUACACAGAUUCAUCAGGGCUAAACCAUUUAUGACUGAAGCUGCACCAUGAAGGUACUUUUACUACUCACCCUGCUGACGUUAUGUCACACGAAACCAUACACGCCUAUCAAUGUCAUGGAUUUCAUCAAGCAUCAUGACAUCAUGCAACAAGAUGUGGGUGACUAUGAUGAUGACGAUGAUGACGAUGAUGAGGACGAUGACCAUUACGACAAUUAUGAUGAUAACUUUGUUUCGGACUGUCCCGAAGGGUGUCGGUGCUCAAAGAAAGUUCUGCAGUGUUCUGAUCAGGGUCUGACCAAGGUGCCAAAGGACAUCCCUGCAAACACGUUGCUCCUCGAUCUACAAAACAAUGACAUCACAGAAAUCAAGGAAGACGAUUUCAAAGGCUUGGAUAAUCUCUAUGCCCUGUUUCUGCUCAAUAACCAGAUAUCAAAAAUCCACCCAAAGGCCUUUCGCAACAUGAACAAACUCAAGAUUCUCCACCUGUCUUACAACCUGCUGACACAAAUGCCUGAGAACCUUCCCACGAGCAUUCAAUCACUGCGGCUGCACGACAACAAGAUCAGCAGACUUCCAAAAGGAGCAUUUAGAGGAAUGCAUGAACUAAAUGUUUUAGAACUGAGUGCAAAUCCAAUUGCAAACAGCGGGAUUGAAGCAGGGGCUUUUGAUGACAUGGCGACUCUCUACUUGAGAAUAGCUGAAGCGAGGCUUACAGCUAUCCCUAAAGAUCUGCCAUCUUCCCUCACUGAACUUCACUUGGACUAUAACAAGAUUGCAAAAGUGGAGUCAGAGGAUUUUUUGAGAUUAAAAAGCCUACAAAGGUUGUGGCUUGACUUCAAUCAAAUCAAGUAUGUGGAGAACGGAAGUUUCGCGGCCAAUACCAAAGUCAGAGAAAUUCAUCUGGAUAACAAUAAACUGAAGAAAGUUCCUCCAGGCUUGAACAACCUGAAAUAUUUGCAGGUGUUGUACUUACAUGCCAACAGCAUCACUUACGUUGGAGUAAAUGACUUCUGUCCUUCGAGAACCCGGGCUAAGAAAGCCCUUUACACUAGGAUCAGUUUAUAUGCAAAUCCAGUGAAAUACUGGGAGAUUCAGCCACCCAGUUUUCGGUGCGUGUCCAGCCACAGUUCGGUGCAACUGGGUAACCACAGAAAGUGAGUGAAACCGUACCGGCGUGCACCAUCUUGCCACUGGAGGGCAGCAUUAUAACUAGUCAAAAACUUCAUGCUAAUGUAAUAAAUGAUCAUUUCAUGUCCUCUUGGUGAUGUACAGAACGUAAUUUAUCCAAAAUCCAAGAGUGAUCUACAGACUCGUUACUUGAAAUUGGUAAGGAUUCCAAAGACUUUGUUUACAUUUAAAUCUUUUCGACUUUAUAAAGACAGGAGAGCGGUUUUAAUUGCAUAUUUUCAGAUCAGGUGCUAAAUAAAUUUGUACCCAUGUAUUAAAGGUCUCUAAAUAAUUUUUGCUUAUAAGGUACAGCUGUCUAGAAUCAAAGAAAAAUAAAUCAAAUUUACAAGGCCAGUUUGUUUAUAGUUUUACUUCUUGUAUUUUAGAGAACGGGCAUUAUUCACAUGGUGCUUAUUAACAGUUUUAGUGAUAACAACAAAUUAAUAUUGCAUGCUGAAUUUACAUUAUAUAACUUUUUAUUCAUUGCCGGUGUUUUCUUUGAAAUACUGGACAUGGACAUUCUUGUAAGAUCACGGAAAUGAUGAAAAACUGAUCUGUAUGGACCACAGGGUUGGUUACAGUUUAAACUGACAUCUGCAAAUCUGUACUUGCAACAAGUGUUUUCUUAGCCAGUGGUGCUGUGUUAUUCGUUUCCAAUUCAGAUAUUGUUGUUUCUUUAGAAAAAUAAAGAAAAAUUAAACAAUACAUCUGGUU